CCUAAUCCAAAGCCCUUCUCUGCGCCGCCUUCGUCUUCGUCCGCGUUUCAUCUUCAUCGAUCUCCUCUUCGUCUUCAUCGAUACCCUCCUUCCUCUUCUCCAUCUCCCAACUACACGUCUUAGGGACAAAUAGGGGAAUUGAAUUGAUUUGUCCUUGCAGCAUUGGCCAUGGCGGACGGAGAGAACGUUGACGAGUUCUACCUGCGGUACUACGUGGGGCACAAGGGGAAGUUCGGCCACGAGUUCUUGGAAUUCGAGUUCCGACCCGACGGGAAGCUAAGAUACGCGAACAAUUCGAAUUACAAGAACGACACCAUGAUUCGGAAGGAGGUCUAUCUCACCCCCGCUGUCCUCAAGGAGUGCCGUCGAAUUGUCGCCGAUUCUGAGAUAAUGAAGGAAGAUGAUAACAACUGGCCGGAACCCGACCGGGUCGGAAGGCAGGAGCUGGAGAUUGUGAUGGGGAACGAACACAUUUCCUUCACUACAUCGAAGAUUGGCUCUCUUAUGGAUGUUCAGACUAGCAAAGACCCCGAGGGUUUGAGAAUCUUUUAUUAUCUUGUUCAGGAUCUGAAAUGCCUUGUUUUCUCUCUGAUCUCGCUGCACUUCAAGAUCAAACCCAUAUGAAGAUUGGAUCUCUGUGCUAUAGAAAGAUGAGCAGUCUGAUAUCAUUGCUUUCAUGCAUCUUUCUUUUAUUGAUCAUUUUCUGGUGUUUUAAUUCAGAAUGUUCUGAAUAGUGAUGCUACUACUGUACUUUUGUCGAUACCCUGGUUAUGUUGUGUUUCAAAUGACACAUGCGAUCCUAUUGUUUGACAUCCCGAAGUUCAGAUAUAUACUGUUUGAAAUUGAAUUAUGAUUGUCCUUGUU